GAAAUCAGGAAAGCGAACAAAACCUUAGAUAAGGUUUAAAACGUACAGAAUGUAUAUAAGAUGGAAGGUUUUGCCAGGAAGAUGUGGUACGUUUUCACUCAUUUCAUUAGCCAGCCGAGAAACGGACUUUUCAAUGAGCACAUUGGCACAGUAUUUUUAGUACUUUCACUUCUGACUUUGCAAAAACGAUUUAUUAAAUUUUAUAUUUUUUUAUGUGAAUCAACUUAUCUGUUUAUGCCAUAAAUUAUGGGGCUUUCGCCUGUAGUUUUUAUUUUAUUGAGACAAGCAUGGUGUGACGUGCCAGACUCCCUUGUUUCAGAGACAAAUAGAGUGUUUUGUUUUAUUGAACCAAAUGUAGGAACAUCUUGAAAUCGAAGAAUUGUGCCCUACUGUGGUAAUGACCAUGUAUGGUCCACUUUAUUUAUUCUACAAGAAAAAGUUCAUAUUGCAGUACCUGUAUUGAGUUGUACAAAGAAUAAAAUUUGCAAAACUAUUUCCAGCAUAAUUUCUGCAUAACAUAAUUAAAACAAGCAUGGAACUUGCUGAGCUUGACCUCAAUGCUCGCUUAAAAAGCAUUUUUGAUGAAACUGGUGAAGAAGAUGAUUUCCUAGGUUUUUCAGACACCGAAGUUACUAAGUCUUCUGAUGAAGAUCAACUGUGCUUCUCAAAAUCUGUUGAAAUAGAAAAUAUAAACCAAGACAGUAAUUCAAAAACAUCUGGAUAUGGAAGUACUGAUGACUUGACUGAUUCGGAUUCUGAUAUCUUAUCCGAUUCUGAAGAUGAAGAAAUAAACAAAAAAAGAGAGAAGAAGCUAUGCAUGAAAGAAGGGGCAUCCAAAAAUUUAUUGACAGAUAUUCAUAAUGAACCUGUAUUUAAGCAAAUGAUAGCUAAAACUCCUUUGUCUCUGAAAAGACAGCAUCGCACCUCAAGACCAACUUGUCCUAAGCAAUAUUACACCACUCACAGGCUUCCUCCUGUUACGAGACGUCGUUCUAAACUUGGUGAUCCAAACUAUAAAUGUGGAGAAGAAGAAGAAGCUUCAAAUUGGAAACCAAAGUUGCUUGUUCGUUUUGGCCCAAAACGACAAACUUCAGGCAGCGAUGAUGAAGAAUCGUAUCAACCAAGGAAAAGAUCUUAUACUCGUCGAUCGGUUAAUACACAGGAGCAUAUUAUAAUUCCUGUUGAAGAUGUCACAGAUGCAAUGUUAGAUAAUAUUGCGCAAUAUUCUGUAGGAAAAGAUUAUAACGCAAUUAAUGGUACAUCAUGUCAUCAAUGUCGACAAAAAACUAUGGAUACAAAAUCUUGCUGUCGAAACAAAGAAUGUGUUGGUGAGGGCCAAUUCUGCGGCCCAUGUCUGAAAAAUCGAUAUGGGGAAUCUGUGCAGGAAGCACUUCUUGAUCCUGAUUGGUCAUGCCCUGUUUGCAGGGGGUUCUGCAACUGCAGUAUUUGCAGGAACCGUAAUGGAAAAUGUGCAACUGGAAUUCUUAUCGGUCUUGCCAAACAUCAUGGAUUCACGAAUGUAAAAGAUUAUCUUGGAAGUCUAAAAAGUGAAAAUCAGUUUAUUGAAGAAUCUUAAAACCAAUUUAAAAUUUUGUGAUACCCACUGUACAAAUGGUUUUUCAAGUACUUUGAUUUUCAUGAAAUUUAUCCAUGCCAGUUUUGUUAUGUUACGUUUACUUUUACUUCAGGAAAGCAUAUUUUAUUACUAGCCAAACAUACAUUUUUAUCAAUUUUCAAAGAAGCUGAAGGGAUGAUUACUUGGUACGGUACAUAUCAAUUUUAUUUGACAUUUUUACUAAUACAUAACAAGUAACAACGAGCUCUUUUUAUGAAGCUUUUAUAGUACUGUAAAACAGUGAGCAUUUUAUUAACUUGCCUUUGAGCUACCUUUUUGUUAUUUUUAUAUGAUUCAAAAUAUUUGCCUUUUUAUUGUGCCGAAAUGCCAAUAGUGCCUUUGUUGUUAAAUUCAUUCUGAAAAAUACAUUCAAUGCUGUUUUUGAACUGAGUUAUGCAAAGUUGAUUUUUGUGGAUGAAUGACUGAAAUUGCCUGAGCGCUAUCAAUUCUCACGAGACAAUUUUUUGAAGUUAUUUCAUCAAGAUUUCGUCAAAAACUAAUUUGAACAGUUACUGUAGCUAUGUUUUGUACAUCAGAUGAGAAAUUAUUUCUCAAGUUCAUGUUAUUCUUUAUUUUCAUUUCAAUUCGUCCUUCAGGAGUAAAUCUGUGUGAACUUGAAGUGUUAUCUCAAUUUUAAAUGUUUUUGUGUGAUUUUCGAGAUUUGUGACUGCAGGAUUGUUGUCUUAGAAUUUGUUACUUUGCAGUAGUUUGCUGUUUUAUUCAUUUUUGGUCUCAAAUAAAUGAUUUUCCUAUAUGA